AUAUCGAAAGUGAGAAACUGCUUCCGGUGCAAAUCGAUGGUUGAUACAGAUGAACCAGGCAUUAAAGAAAUGAAUUAAACUUCAAGGUUCUUCUUUCAAAAUUUGAAUAAUUAUCUACUCUUGGUUGCUCUUGGGAUUUAGUUUGGAACUACUUUUUGACCAUACGAAAUGAUCCUGCCAAGACAUAGCUAGAAGCCAAGCCAUGUUCUUAAAAGCCGCUUCUUGUGCUGUGGCUAGCUAGCUAACGAAAGGGACCGAAACUAGCUAGCUAGCUAGUUAAAAACUGUUUAACAGUAUUUUGUCUUGCCCUCAUCCUCUGCACUAUUUCUGUCACAUUCCAUUUGUGCCGGACUUAUUUAUCGCCUGUUAGUCAACCCAAGACAUACAUUCAACGAAACGGCUGCUAGCUUGAUACUUUAUUACAGAAGUGGAAAUUGUUGGACACAAAGGCCGCCGGAAACCCAAUUUAACGAGGAAAACAGACGGUUUUAUUUCUUCUGGAUUUAACAGAGAUUAAGGACAAACAAUGGCAUCUUCAUCGGGAAAUGACGACGAUCUCACCAUUCCUCGAGCAGCUAUCAACAAGAUGAUAAAAGAAACCCUUCCCAACGUGCGGGUUGCCAACGAUGCGAGGGAGCUGGUGGUAAACUGCUGCACGGAGUUCAUACAUCUGAUUUCAUCAGAGGCCAAUGAAAUAUGCAACAAGUCUGAAAAGAAGACAAUAUCCCCAGAGCAUGUAAUCAAUGCACUUGAAAGCCUUGGUUUCGCGUCGUACAUCACAGAGGUGAAAGAUGUCCUACAGGAGUGUAAAACAGUAGCACUUAAGAGGAGGAAGGCAAGCACCAGACUCGAGAACCUGGGCAUUCCCGAGGAAGAGCUCCUUAGACAACAACAGGAAUUGUUCGCCAAGGCCCGACAGCAGCAGGCGGAGCUUGCACAGCAAGAGUGGCUGCAGAUGCAGCAGGCUGCCCAGCAAGCACAGCUGGCUGCAGCGUCUGCCAGCGCCUCCCAGCAGGCAGGUUCCUCCCAAGACGAAGACGAAGAGGAUGACAUGUGAUCUCGUGGGCAUGGGAGUAGGCCAGGCCUAAAACCCCUUUCCUGGGAAGUGUCAGCAGUCUUUGCUCUCCCAACGCUGUCAUUGGCUGAAGUACUUGCUCUGUGUUUGACGUCUGUAACCCGGUCCAGCACAGCAGCGUGCAUAUGAACAGUUUCAUAGUAGAAAGGGGGAUUCCAAUAGCCUGUGAUCCCCCCCCCCCUUUUUUCCUUUCUCAACAGAACCUGAGAUAUUUGGAUAAAAAUACAUCUUUUUUUUUUUUCUCACCCUCAAAGGUUCAACUCAUCUCCCUUUUUUUUGGGCCACAUGCAAAUGUUAAAGCUGUCAUAAAAUGUUCACAUUGUAAGUCAUUUGUACAUUAGUGGUCCAUGUUGGAUGUAAGUGAAAUGCUGAAGAUAAGAUUAACUCAUCUGGUGGUCUUGGCUAUUAUAUAAAGGCCUUCAGGUUCUGUUUUAGGAUCAUUUUUCAACCCUCCGUACUAGAAUGAAUUAGGUGGUUAACGGCUCUACACCUUUUGCCAUCGGAACUGACACCACCUAUUUGUUUUUUGGGGGCAGAAAUGGUUUCUUAACCCCAAACAGGGGCACAUUAGUCUAACUGAACAUCCUCAAGGAGAUGCUUUGAGGGUUUGUGAAAGUGUAUUUUUUUGGAACAAAUUUGUUAAAUGUAGCCCUCUGUUUCAUCUUAGUUGUUCCGUUUCUUUUGUCAUGUUCACCACCAGUAUUGCUAUUAAACUGAUUAGCGACUCCUCACAGAAUCUUUUGACUCAUAGAACCAAAGACAGGAUAGCAUAACAGCCCUGGGUAUGUGAGAUCCCGAUGUGUGUGUUCCGUGUGUAGAUGCUUGGGUGCAGACUGCAUUCAAGUGAAUUAACUCAAUCCUGGGGGUUACUUUCAAUUUAUACAAUGCUUUGAUAUACUGGCAGAAUCUGUUUUUGUUUUAUUUGGUGCGGUUUGAGCAUUUUCGCAUUGUGGAUGUGGUAAAUCCUUAAAAGUGUAAAGAGUGGUAAACUUCUAGUUGAUACACAUUCACUUGCCUACUGAGAAAGUUGUAUUCUUUAAGCAAUAAAGGUAACAUGUUUUAUAGAGACUA